GGUUUGUUUUGAACUUUGAACGCACCCACUAAGAAAGAAGAGCAAAAGGAGGAAAGAGCGGGUUGACCCACGAACCCAUAAAUGGAAACGGAUCAAAAUCCGAAAUCAGCGGAGAAGAAAGCUGUUUUACCCUCCUCAACUUCAGCUUAUCUUGAUCCUCACUACUGGAAUGAGAGGUUCUCUAAUGAGGAACACUACGAGUGGCUCAAAGAUUACACUCAUUUUCGCCACCUCGUUCGAGCGCAUGUUAAACCUGGUUCUUCUGUAUUGGAGCUGGGCUGCGGAAACUCUCAUUUAAGUGAUGAAUUGUAUAACGAUGGGAUCACUGAUAUAACAUGCAUUGAUCUAUCGGCUGUUGCCAUUGGGAAGAUGCAGGAACGUUUGCGGUUGAAGGGAUAUAAAGAAAUAAAGGUGUUGGAAGCCGAUAUGCUAGACCUGCCCUUUAGUGCCGAGUGUUUUGAUGUGGUUAUUGAGAAAGGAACUAUGGAAGUAUUGUUUGUGAACAGUGGCGAUCCAUGGAAUCCGCGACCCGAAACAGUGACCAAGGUCAUGGCUAUGCUUGAAGGUGUUCAUAGAGUUCUGAAACCAGAUGGGAUUUUCAUCUCCAUUUCUUUUGGCCAGCCUCACCUCAGGCGUCCUUUGUUUAACGCUCCAAAAUUUACGUGGUCAUUUGAGUAUAGCACUUUUGGUGAUGGAUUUCACUAUUUUUUCUAUAUCUUGAGGAAGGUUAGUGCAGAAACUGCUCAAGUUUUAAUUGUUUUUUGUGACAUAUAUGAAUCCAUUCUCACAUUUUACAGGGAAAGAGAUCAUCAUAUUGUGAAGAAUCUUGCGAGAAACGCGAAACGCCGGUGAUUAAUCUGCCUCAUGAAGAACUAGAGAGCGAGGACUAUAUAUUUCGAAUCAACAUUUGAUGAAAUGGGUUCUUAGAAUGUGAUUAAAAUGCCAUUUUUGCUUCCUGUUGUAAUCUUGAUUUCAUUGCAUUUCUAAUGUAACUCAAACAGUAUAACCUUCAAUCACCAAAGCAAAUGUUAUUUC